ACAAUAUACACCUUUUGUGAAAGGGAAAAUCUCAACAGAACAUUUAGUUGGGGAACCAAAGCGUAGACUUUUUGUCCUGUUUUUUCAGAUCCACCAAAUUCAACCCCCUCAAAAAGCAAGAAAUACGCAUAAACAUGUAAUCACAAAAGACACACACAACACAAAGGUUUCAACACUUUUCACAAUCCUCAAAACAUCACUGACACAAACGUUUCAUUAUACUACAAACUUUUCUCUAUCCAUUUUUGAACUUUGAAGCUUUCUUUUUCAACUCUCUGGUUCAAAAGUCAAACUGAGUUGGAUGUUCAACGGUGGAAAUGGACCGAUUACCAUGGAAGGAGGAAGAAGAAGCGGCGGUUGGCGGUGGAGAAGGUGGACCGCCGCAAAGACCGAAUUUAACUCUGCCGCCACGUACGGACGGCCUUUUCAGCGGCGGCUUUAGCCCCGGUCCUAUGACUUUGCUCUCUAAUUUAUUGACCGACGGUGAUGACGGCAAGUCCUUCUCUCAGCUUCUCGCCGGUGCCAUGGUGUCUCCCGUUGCAGCCACCUCCGGCGCGCUUGAAUCAUCUGACUUUUUUUCACAUCAGGUGUCAUUUGGAUUGUCAAACCAUCCAGCACAGGCACAAGUCUCAUUUCAUGGAGGACAAUCUGACACAAAUAUGUAUAACCAACCUGAACAUUCAUUGUCUGUAUCAACAUCCACCGCUCAUGCUCCCCUCGUCGAACAAAGGUUGCAGCCUUCUUCAGUAAAUGUUGAUAAGCCUGCUGAUGACGGUUACAAUUGGAGGAAGUACGGACAGAAACAGGUGAAAGGUAGUGAGUUUCCUAGAAGUUAUUAUAAGUGCACACAUCCUAACUGUCCUGUGAAGAAAAAGGUGGAGCGGUCGCUUGAAGGUCAUGUAACCGCGAUUAUUUAUAAAGGAGAGCACAAUCAUCAACCUCCGAAUCCUAACAAGCGAUCAAAAGAUGCUAAUGACAAUUCAAAUAUGCAAGGGAAUGGUGAUUCGUCUUAUCAACGGACGAAUACAAACUCAAUGGCUACGAUGGAUCCAGAAUCGAGUCACGCAACAGGUGAACAUCUAUAUGGAAUGAGCGAUAGUGAGGAAGUAGGUGAUCGUGAAACUGAUGUGGGGGAGAAAAGAGUUGAGCCUGAUUCCAAAAGGAGAAAUACAGAAGCCGCCAUCUCAGAUCCAAUAGUUUCUUCACAUAGGACUGUCACGGAGCCUAGAAUCAUUGUGCAAACGACUAGUGAAGUUGAUCUCUUAGACGAUGGUUAUAGAUGGCGAAAAUAUGGACAGAAAGUUGUCAAAGGGAACCCUUAUCCUAGGAGCUAUUACAAAUGCACAACAGCAGGUUGCAACGUUCGGAAGCAUGUAGAGAGGGCUUCGACAGAUCCUAAAGCAGUCAUAACAACUUACGAAGGAAAACAUAAUCAUGAUGUUCCAGCAGCUAAGACCAAUAGCCAUACUUUUGCCAACAAAAAUGCUUCACAGUUAAAAUCACAAAAUCCCAUUUCUGAGCAGCCUAGUUUCGGUAACAUUGGUAGCGUUGGCGGAAAUGAGCAACAACCUGUUGCGCGUCUAAGGCUGAAAGAAGAGCGGAUAACUUAAGAGCCUAGAUUAAGGCUCGAAGAACUGGUAAUCCGAUAACUUAUAUCACAAGCGAUCUUUACUUGGAUGCUUUAAUGGAUUUGUUUUCAGUCUUAGGCCAAAGUUUUGAUCAAGUCCUCAGGAAAGAGUUAAAGGAGAACAAGUUUAAAACAAAAAAAGAGUUGGUGGAGAUAAUAGGGGGGUUUUGGAUGAUGCUGUAUCAUUUGUGCCUUGUGUACAUUGAAAGUAUAAGUUUUUUUUUCUCUUCUUUAUAUCCUAAAAUAUAAGUUAUGUUGUGAACACAGUUAUUCAAAAUUUUAUGAUGUAAUUUCUUGCUCAAUGAUAUUUUUUUUGAAAGAUGUCACAAUUUUGAAUCAUAUAAUAAAGGGUUAAUACCUAUCCCCCUGUCAUAUGGACGUUUUU